GACACGGUGACGUCAUGUUGACCAUAAACAUGACGUCAUAACUUAGCAUGCGGUCUUUAAGGGGAUAAGUCACGUGGGGACUUCACGUGUCUCGGUAACGAGAGUGUGUUCCCGGUAAUAUGAAGCGUUUCAUAUUUCAAUAUGUCCGCGCUCCCCCGCGGCGGCUCAGAAUGGAACAGUCCAGUGACGCUCAAACCGGAAGCAGCUCCCGGUCCGCCAGGAGGACGGCUCGGGUGCUUUCUGAUCGAUUCAAUUGAUCCUUCUGUAUCCUAACGGGUCCGGAGUACCGGGACCGGGUGUCGUUAGGUCCUCUUCACGUGCAGCAUCCGGGUCCUCAGCCGCCGCGCGAGCACGUCUGGGUUUCUGAACCCGGCGGCUCGAUGCCGAACACGUCAGCAGGUCCAGGAUCAAACCUCACGGGGUCCUCGGACGGGGGCCCGGACCGAGCCGGGGGCCCGGACCGAGCCGGAACUAGAACCAGAAGAGCCUCGAGCGCCGAGCUGCCGUGGAGCUGCCCGGUGACCCACAGCCGGGAGCGCUUCUACACCGUGUGCUCCGACUACGCGCUGCUCCACCAGGCCGCCUCCGGGGACCGGCCCCCCACCCCGCAGGACCAGGGGCCCAAGGCCUCCGGGGACCGGCCCCCCACCCUGCAGGACCAGGGGCCCAAGGCCUCCGGGAGCCGGCCCCCCACCCUGCAGGACCAGGGGCCCAAGGCCUCCGGGGACCGGCCCCCCACCCCGCAGGACCAGGGGCCCAAGGCCUCCGGGGACCGGCCCCCCACCCUGCAGGACCAGGGGCCCAAGGCCUCCGGGGACCGGCCCCCCACCCCACAGGACCAGGGGCCCAAGGCCUCCGGGGACCUGGGCCGGCCUGCAGGGGCCCCGGUGGCCUGUGACUUGGAGGCCUCCGGUCUCAGCAGACCCGUCCUGGCCUGGGAGAUCGACACCUCGGACUUCAACGAGCUCACCAGGAAGAUCAGAUCCGGUCACGUGAAGAAGAGCUGCAGCAGGGAGAUGAGGUCUUCAGACAGAACCAGCAGAACCCUGGAGGAGGUCCAGCAGAGGAAGGUUCUGGACCUCAGGAGAUGGUACUGCAUCAGCCGGCCUCAGUACAAGACCUCCUGUGGGAUCUCCUCUCUGGUUUCCUGCUGGAACUUCCUGUACAGCUCUCUGGGGGCAGGAAGUCUGCCCCCUAUCUCUCAGGAGGAGGCGCUGCACAUCCUGGGCUUCCAGCCGCCUUUCGAGGAGAUCAAGUUUGGGCCCUUCACGGGGAACGCCACCCUGAUGCGCUGGUUCCGGCAGAUCAACGAUAGCCUCGGCGUGCGCGGCUGCUCCUUCAUCCUGUACAAACCUCACGGGAAGCACAAGACGGCUGGGGAGACGGCUGAAGGAGCGCUGCUGAAGCUGACCCAGGGUCUGAAGGACGAGGCCUCGGCCUUCAUCUACCACUGCCAGAACCACUACUUCUGCCCCGUGGGCUUCGAGGCCACGCCCCUCAGGCCUGCCAAGGCCUACAGGGGCCCGCUGCCCUCCAGCGAGGCCGAGCACUGGAUCCUGAUCGGGGAGCCCAGCAGGAAGCACCCGGCCCUCCACUGCAAGAGGUGGCUGGACGUCGUGACCGACCUCAACACGCAGAACCCCGAGUACCUGGACAUCCGCCACACGGAGAGGGGGGUCCAACGGCGCCAGACCAAGAAGCUGGGGGGCAACCUGCACUGCAUCAUGGCCUUCCAGAGGGUGACCGGCCCCUGGGUCCAGAACCUGGAGAACCUGCACCACGACUUGCACCAGCAGGACCAGCAGGACCAGCAGGGCGCCGCCCAGGAAGGGGCGCCAUUCAAGAGGCCGGGCGUCCUGGGACGCUCCCCCCAACAGCCACCUGGAGGGGGUCUGAGGGGGAUCACCUGGAGGGGGUCUGCUGCUAGUCCCCCUGAAGUCUCUGUCCUCUGAACAGGAAGUGAUGUGGGUCAAUAUUUAACAUCCAAAUCAAAUGUUUUACAACCUUUGAUUCUUUAUAACAUUUCAUACUUUACUUGUUUCUUUAAGGUCAUAAAGGAGUUUGAGUUUAUAAAAAAACAUUGAAUAUGACAGAUGAUAUAAUUCAAUCAAACGUUCUUUAAGAGAUAGCAGCUAAUGCUAACAAGAGUU